GUCAGAUGGGUAGAUGUGUCGCCCUUUCUUCCUCUAUUUACCGCGUGUUUUCAAUAUUAUUUUCGAUUUUAUAACAUAAACAUUAUUGUGUUUAUUAAAAUUUAUCGUCAAAAUAACCGGCGAGUGAUCAUGUUGUAAACGAUUUACUUUUGAAAUUCAUGUGGUGACUCAAGUAGCCUAGUUAUUUGUGGAAAUAUCGAUGAAAAACGUUUCCUAAUAGCAUUCUUAUCAUCAUAAGUAUAUUUCCUGUGUUCAUAAAAUUCAAGAAUGGUGAAUAUCAUGUCGUAGUUAUUCAACUCUGCAAGUUAAUAAAUUCGGUUUAUAGUUGUUCUUUGUAAAUUUAAAUCAAAAUGAGUUCUCCAGAGAAGGACAUAGAGCUGAGUCCUGUGAAGUCCGAAGCAACGGCUAGUGCCAAUACGAACAAGUCUGAGAAAUUAAAAGUACCUUUAGAUGAUGAGGAAGAUGUCAUCAUUGGACGGUUUAGGAAAAUUAGUUCGGCAAAGUCUAUGGCAGCCACAAAUGGUAACAUACAGUAUCCCUCAGAUAUACCAUUCCGGAGUGAUGAUGUAGAGGCUGGAUUGCAAUUGAGGAAAGAUAAGGAGAUUUGUGAACGGGAUAAGUUGCUGGCGGAGUCGGUGAAUGAAGGAGGAGUGGAUUCCUUGAAGAGUCAAGUUACGAAGAGCAGUUUUAGAGAUACAGAGAAACCGUCCCGGUUUAGAGACCAGCCUUCAGCUACGAGGUUUCAGAUGCAGGCUAAACAAGAAGACGAUGCCACAGAAGAGUCAGAAGACGGGAUGGACAGCGAUGACCCUCUCACUGCUUCUGACACUAAAUAUGGAAAAAGCUUUAGACACUUCACUCGGGAAGCGUUACCCAGAUUGGACAACUACAGGAAUGUUCUAUCCCUCCACGCAGCCCCUAGGCCUACGCUAGAUGAGCUACACAAUGCUUCUUUAUCACGAAAGCCAGGCCAGACCAUGGAAAAGGACCUGGGUCCCCCGAUGCCGUCGUCUAACGUGAAGUUCGGCUGGAUCAAGGGCGUGCUGAUGCGCUGCCUGCUCAACAUCUGGGGCGUCAUGCUGUUCCUGCGGCUCUCCUGGGUCGUGGGCCAGGCGGGCAUUGCGCAGGCAAUGCUGCUGAUCAUGACGACGUCUGUGGUGACCACCAUCACCGCGCUCUCCAUGUCGGCAAUCAGCACCAACGGAGUUAUCAAAGGAGGAGGAACGUACUACAUGAUAUCUCGGUCUCUCGGCCCGGAGUUCGGAGGCUCAAUAGGGCUGAUCUUCUCAAUGGCCAAUGCUGUUGCCUGUGCUAUGUACGUGGUGGGGUUUGGCGAGUCCCUAAUCACGCUAAUACCAGAGUCUGCUUACAUGGUCAACAAGAGCUGGGACCAAGCGAUCUACGGGUGCAUCACAAUAGUGCUGUUAACUGGGAUCGUGAUAGUGGGCAUGGAGUGGGAGGCCAAGGCGCAGAUCGUGCUGCUCAUCAUCCUGCUGGCGGCCAUCGUUGACUUCUGUAUCGGCUCCUUCGUCGGGCCCAAGAGCGAACUGGAGAUCGCACAGGGGUUCGUUGGGUAUAAUAUGACGGUGUUAGCAGACAACGUUGGUCCCGACUACAGAUACUUCGAGGGUGUGGAGCAUAACUUCUUCUCAGUGUUCUCCAUAUUCUUCCCGGCCGCCACCGGCAUCCUGGCUGGUGCCAACAUUUCUGGAGAUCUUAAGGACCCUCAAAAAUCGAUCCCCAAAGGCACCCUCCUAGCGAUCGUUCUAACGACGAUAUCGUACUUGGUGAUCGCGCUCAUAGCCGGGUGGUCGGUGCUGCGUGACGCGUCAGGCGACGUGGCCGACGUCGCCAACUGGACCAUGUCCCAGUGUGCCGCCACCAGCAGCUGCCAGUACGGCCUGCAUCAUAGUAACGACGUUAUUCGGCUGGUGUCAGGAUUUGGGCCGUUGAUAUACGGCGGUUGCUUCGCAGCCACGUUAUCAUCAGCUCUAGCGUCCCUCGUGUCAGCUCCUAAAGUAUUUCAGGCGUUAUGUCAAGACAAGCUGUACCCAUAUCUGGAGUUCUUCGCUAAAGGCUACGGACCCAACAACGAGCCUGUCAGGGGAUACGUCCUCACUUUCAUCAUUGCUGUCGCCUUCAUACUUAUGGGUGGUUUGAACCAGAUCGCUCCGCUGAUCUCCAACUUCUUCUUGGCCGCGUAUGCGCUCAUCAACUUCUCCACAUUCCACGCCUCACUCGCCAAACCUGUGGGGUGGAGACCCACCUUCAGGUUCUACAACAUGUGGCUGUCGCUGGUGGGGUCGAUGGUGUGUGUGUGCAUCAUGUUCGUCAUCUCGUGGAUCACGGCGCUGGUCACCAUCGCGUGUCUGCUCGCGCUCUACCUCCUCGUCUCUUAUAGGAAGCCCGAUGUGAAUUGGGGUUCAACGACGCAAGCGCAGACAUACAAGGCGGCGCUGGCUGGCGUGCACCAGCUCAACAGGGUCACGGAACAUGUCAAGAAUUACAGACCACAGAUUCUGGUGCUGACAGGAUUCCCAGCAGAGAGACCUAUCCUGACCGAUUUCAGCUAUCUUCUCACCAAAGGCCUGUCCCUAAUGCUGUGUGGACAUAUUGUACAGGGCCAAGUGAGCCACAGAGCACGCGAGGCACUCUGCGCGCGCGCAUACCAGUGGUUCAACAAGCGGAAGAUCAAGGCGUUCUACACUGUGGUCGACGAUGUUGGGUUCAAGGAGGGGGCUAGCGCGCUUAUACAGUCAAGCGGGCUGGGUAAGCUUCACCCCAACAUCCUGAUGAUGGGGUUCAAGGAGAACUGGCUGGCCUGCGACCGCGCGGAGCUGGUCGACUACGUGGAGGUCAUGCACAAAGCUCUGGACGUGCACAUGGCCAUCGCGCUGCUGCGCGUAGAGGGUGGGCAGUACACCGCCGACGCGUUAGACGACGACUUGCGAUCGUACCUGAACGACAUGAACACAAAGGACUUGUCACUCUUCUCGCGUUCGAUGGGAGACAAUUACAAGGAGUCCAAGUCUACGGAGAGUCUCAACACGCAUUCUGUCGGCAGCAGCGUGUCGGACGUGUCCCUGGGCUCCCCGGAGCUGCGCCGCGCCGGCGUGUCCCCCGACCCCGGCGCCGCUACAAACGGGAAGGACGCGCGGAAGCCCGCGGGGAAAGAGAGCAAAGGUCUGGGCAGCGCGGUGCGGCGCGCCUUCGGGGCGUCGGUGGCGCGGCGGGCCUCGUCCUUCACCUCCGUGGAGCAGUUCACCAAGCGGCAGUCGGGCUCCGUCGACGUCUGGUGGCUCUAUGACGAUGGAGGCCUCACCCUCCUGCUGCCGUACAUCCUGUCUACGCGACGUGCGUGGUCCUCGUGCCCGCUGCGAGUGUUCACUCUCGCCAAUAAGAAUACCGAGCUGGAACUGGAGGAACGAAACAUGGCGUCUCUGCUAUCGAAGUUCCGCAUAGACUACUCCGCGCUGAAGAUGGUGGCGGACAUCACGAGACGACCGCGGGACUCCACCCUCGCGUACUUCGACAGACUCAUCGCGCCCUUUAAGGCGACCGAUGAUAAUGAUGAUAAUACGGGCAUAACGGAAGCGGACCUGAUCGCGGCGCAAGACCGUACACACCGCCACCUGCGUUUGCGCGAGCUCAUCUCCGAGCAGUCGUCGGGCGCACGACUUGUGUGCGUCACCCUCCCGAUGCCGCGGCGCCGCAACGUGGUCCCGCCGCCGCUGUACAUGGCGUGGCUGCACGCUAUUUCUACUGCUGCCGACAGAGUGCUCCUGGUGAGGGGAAACCAUGCCGCUGUCUUGACCUUCUACUCUUAAAAUUACAUCCAUAUACUCAAUGAUAUUACAAUACACUACGAGGUACAUAUGUUAUAAUAUACAUAAAAACAUAAACAGUUGGGGACAGGCCUCCCCUCGAUCGAAACUCCGCUUAAUCGGAGGUAUGCAGCAUACUUCAUCACGCUGCUCCACUGCAGGUUAGUACAGGUGGUUUUACAGCUAAUAUCCGAGACCAACUGCUUAACGUGCUCUCCGAAGCAUCUUACUUUUUCGGACAAUCAGGUGAUUCAAGCCUGCAAUGUCCUUACCAAGCAAAGGAUAGUCAUACAAAGUGAUUUCGAAAAUGUCCUCAUCGGGAAUCGAACCCGUACCUCCCGAUCGUGAGCUUAAUGCUCUAACCACUACACCACGGCGGUGACGUCGGUGCCCCGAUAGAUAGAAAUUAGUGCGGUGCGGAGAGUUACCGUUCUAUACAGUAGGAUUAUUCUUCAUUCUACACUAUGGCUGCCCAAUCUGCUUGUUAACAUCCAGAAUAUACACUUUGGUCUGUUAUACAAUUUUUAAUCACGUACAACUCUUACAACAUUCAAAGAAAACAGCAAUAAAAAUAACAUUUCAUCAAAUUACAACAUACCCGUAUAAUACCCUAAAUAGUCACUUAUAUUAUAAUUACAAAUUAAAUAUUAAUACAAUUAUAAAUUUUGCUCGAGAGGAGCUCGGUGGCGCAGCGGUAAAUGCGCUCGGUCUGCGAUUGUUGAAGUUAAGCAACUAUCGCAAAGGCCGUUCAUAGGAUGGGUGACCACAAAAAUAAAAUUUUCAUCUCGAGCUCCUUCUUGCUUCGGAAGGCACGUUAAGCCGUUGGUCCCGGCUGCAUUAGCAGUCGUUAAUAACCAUCAAUCCGCACUGGGCCCGCGUGAUGGUUUAAGGCCCGAUCUCCCUAUCCAUCCAUAGGGAAGGCCCGUGCCUCAGCAGUGGGGACGUAAUGGGCUGAUGAUAAUGAUAAUAAUAAUACAAUUAUAAAUUAACAAUUCAAGACCUUACGUGUCUAAAAACACACGUGCGUACGUGUAUACACUUUAGUGUAUAGUUAUAUUUAUUUACGGAUCUGAAUUGUUUCAUCGUCUUAAUGCGAAUCUCUUGGGACGCUAUUGAAUUGAUAUGAGUGAUAGAUAGAUAGAUAAAAUGUUUUAUUGAGCCUAAUGGAUACUAGAUACAGAGAUAUGGACAACAGAUACAGAAAGGCACAACAGGCGGCCUUAUUGCUCAUGCAGCAAUUUCUCCCAGGCAACCUUUGGGUACAGGAAAAUUUGCGUUUUAUUUUGUGAUAAUGGUGAACAAUGGACCAAAUGUAACUGAGAGGCCAUCUACAUUUCAUCAACAUUUCUGGUUAUACAUUUGUACAGUGACGAGAAGUAAGUACCCACUUUAGAACCCUGUCGCACUAUCACAUUUGACAUUUAAUGAGACUUACGGUUUAAUUUCUCAAUUUUUUUUAAUUUAAAAUGGUUUCAAAGUGUAUACAUAAUUAUUAUUACUCGUGACCGAACACACGGUGCACUAUGCAUGUCUUUUUGUAACAUUUUAUACCCUUUCAUAUUUGAUUUGAUAUUAGGUACUGUUUUUGAAGUUCCGUACCAAAGUGUUUGAACCCUAAUGGUGCGGUUCGAUUUUGUAUAUUUUAUAUAUGAAUGCAUAAUAAAUAGCGUAUUUUUUUGACAUUUUUAGUGACAAGUAUACCUGUGUAUACAUUCCAAUAGUGCUAAAGGCACAAUUUUUUGUUUAUUUAGAACAAUAAUUAUAGUUUCCCUUCGUCCACGUCGGUAACUAGAUUUACCUAACCAGUUACGACAAAAUGUUUUUCUUUUCCUGUUUUGUAACUAGUUGUGGAAGCAGAAUUAUUUUUCCACAUUUGUAAGUUGCAAUUUCUACUACAUUUCUCAUCAAAAAAAAUCGGAACACAUGACAAAAUUAUUUUAUUAUAUUAUCAAGGUUAUGAAUAAAAAAUAUACAUUUUAAAUUGGGUUAUACGGUGGGUAAUUUUUAAUAUUAAUGUACCAAAAUUAAGAAAAAAAGCUCGUGUUUUGUUGAACAAUAAUUAAAUUAUAAAGUAAUCCGAUUUUUUUGAUGGACAAGAUGAAUAUUUAUAAGUUGUGUUUCUUUUUUAUUUAUUAUAACCAAUUGAUCUGCUAACGACUAACACAGCCUCAAUAAAUGUAGUGCCUAACUUUAUAGCUAGUACAGUCAUGGGCAAUAUCAUGUACCCACUUUAGAACCCUGUCACACUAUCAUAUUUGACAUUUAAUGAGACUUACGGUUUAAUUUGUCAAAAAAGUUAAUAUAACAUGGUUUCAAAGUGUAUAUACAUAUUAGUGCUCGUGACCGUACAGUACAGAUGUUAGGUAGGGAAUUAUUAGCACCAGAUUUUUGGUAAUAUUAAUAGAUUUGGGAUCUGUGAUUGAUAUAGAAACUGUCUGAAAUAAACGUUUUCUAUAUUAGAAAAAAAAAACUUUAAUAUUUGCGAUUCUAUUUAAUUCGCUGUUCUACCAACGAAAUGAAUUGUAAAGGUGCGAUUAGUUAUAACGACAUCUGUACUUUAUAAAAUAAUUAUUAAACGACAAUUUUACCACCUAAAUACGUAUUUUUUAUAACAUAAUUGUACACUUUUGAAAAUAAGGUUUGGAUGUGUUUACGUAUUUUGACGAUUUUAUAAUAAAAUUUUAUGAAUUAUGUAGAAUCUCUUACAGAUCUUUAUAACGAGUGACUGUUUUUAGAAGAAUAUUUUUGUGUGUGUGAUCUAACCAGUGUGUUCGAUACUUAGUCGAUAAGCUAUUUGGAUUCAUGUAAAAUCUUGUAUGUUCUUUUUUUGAUUUAUUUAUUUAUUUUAAUUGUAUUCAAUGCAAUCUUUUGAAGUGGGUAAUUUGUGGAAUCUACAAAAUGUUUGCGAUGGUAUAGUAUGCUUAUUAUUAGUAUUAGUAAUUUAGAUUAUAUUAUCACAAGGCGCCUCUACAUGUUGAUUUUGGCCCCACACACGCCUUCCAACAGUCCGGGACUCCUUAGUCUCGAGACAUGGAAACGACGUGUAUAUAGUAUAAUAAUAAUUUAAAAAAAAAUACAAAGCCACUUUACAACAUUUUUGAGAUCUUAUAUUGUGCUACAAUAGUUUUUUUUAAAUUUUAUUGACGAAGGAGCUAGAUAUAGUGUGACAAUAUAACCACAUGGUCUAUACAUAUUUUCCUAAUCUACAGUGAAAGACGAUGUGUUCAUAGAGUUACAUGGUACUGACUCUACACAUCGGAACGUUUGCAACUUGGCUAAGCCUCCAGUGGCUGGAAUAAAAUAGCAGGGUUCUAAUUAAAACUCUUUUUAACCUCACCAGCACGAAAAGGUUGUUUUUCCCGCGUAAAAACAGUGUAGAAAAGUGCGUUUUAUGCAAUAGAAAGAGAAAUGCUUUUUAAUUUUAUACUCCGAUUCUUCGUUUGAGAAGAUAGCCAUACAGCCUAAUGCGCAGUUAUUAUUCUUCUUCCUUAUAUGGCGAAAAAUGAGUGCGUUCAGUUAUGAGGACUGUUUUCUAAUCCAAAAGAGUGAGAGAACAGGGCAAUGCUGAAUUUAGCUACAAACAAUAUAUAAAACUUUUCAAGGUGGUAGUAGCGAAAAGUGGUAUAUUCCACACGAGAGGUUAUAACAUAAAUAGUUUAUAUACGUCCCACUACUGGGCACAGGCCUCCUCUCAAUCAACCGGAAGGGGUAUAAAGCAUACUCCACCAUGCUGCUCCACUGCGGGUUAGGACACUAGAGGAAAUUUGUUUUAAGUCUCGUGCUUUUAAAUUACUCACUGCGCUCAGUAGUCUAUAUUAAAAUCAUUCGGUGAUUAGGUACUUCGAUAGUGAGUUAUUUUAAUUGGGCACUGGCAUAUAAAACAUAACUUUCCACUCUUGUGUAGUAAAUAAAUAGAUUAGAAUAUGUUUAUUGCUAUUUGACACUCCGCAUUGAAAGAAAGAAAAUAUUGAUUUCUAUAUUGGACGCCACAUUUACAAACUUAAAUUAUAGAAAAAAAAACAAAGACAAAAAGACAAAUAAUUACAGACAUUAAAUACACAAUGGAGGCGCCCAAAAAAAAGAUCUC